GACUCUAACCGGGAAAGGGAGUCAGUAAAUGCAGCCGAACGUUUUUAACGGAAAAUUUCAACCUUUAAAAAGAGUAUCUGGGACAAUUCUCACACAAAUUGAAAGUCUUCCCCUCUUGUACCUUACAACCCACCUUUUGGUUAAGAGAACAUGAUGAUUUUGAGUAGACAACAGGGACGAACCAUCUGCCUGAGCCUGUUGCUUUUUAUUCUCAGUGGAACAGCGGGAUAUCCCUCGGGACUUGAAAUUACUGAAGUGACAUUCUGUGGAAAGUAUGAUAAGCCUCCAACGAUAAAAGCUUCUCCAUGGCCUUUCACACCUAUUGGAAACCUUUUCAAUGUUAGCUUAACAUUUACACCUGCGGUAGAUGUUCUUGAAGCGUCGAUACAAUACAAAGUUGUCUCAGAUGGAGAGGUUAUUACGGGCGAAAGUUAUGACAAGUUAUGCAAAUUGAGCCCAGACUUGUGCAGUUUACCUGCUGAUGAAACCAAAGUGUGGACUAGAUCUGGAAAAUUGCCAGUCAUUCCUCCAGUUCUUAAGAAUCGAACCUAUAAGGUGAGCGCUCAGCUUUUUAAUGAAGAGAAGAUCGUGUUUCUCUGUGCUGAGGUUGUGGCCAAGUUGCACUAAGAAACGAACAGGAGAAGCAGGAGUCAAGACGCAAGAGAAUCAUGAGGAAAAAGAAAAGGCAUGGGAAGACAUGAAAAGAGUCGUCUUGCAACCAAUGAUACUGUAAAACAAGGUUUCGAAAUUUAAUAAUAACCAUUAAAGAUAACUGUGAGUAGA